GACUGUAGAACAAUAGUAAUAAAAGUGAUGAAGUGUCCUAAAUUCACGGCGCUGGCUCGUGCGAAGGGCUUCCCGCAACCUGGACACCCUUCAGGGCUCUUGCCGGUAUUUGCGGCACUGCCACGGGCGAAGCCCCUUUCUGAGGCUCAAUUUCAAAAGACUGUAAGACGGGGAGAAUGGGCGUUCUUGCCGGGCCGGGCAUCUUUUCUCAGGAUCGUUUGAGGGACUCUACUUAGAAAAUGGAGUGCAGGCUGCUUUGGGAACCGCAAAGUAACGUAAUAAUGAUGGUGGUGUUGGAAACGGGAUGUAGAGCCACCAGGAGUGGAAAGCUUAAGGGGAUUGAGGGCUUGAGAGAACACAGGUGAAAUCUGAGGUACCACGUACACAGACCUCUCGGCCGGAAUCUCCAGGGAUGACCAGCCCCUCCCCGCGCAUCCAGAUAAUCUCCACCGACUCUGCGGUAGCCUCACCUCAGCGCAUUCAGAUUGUGACAGACCAGCAGACAGGACAGAAGAUCCAGAUAGUGACCGCAGUGGACGCCUCCGGGUCCCCCAAGCAGCAGUUCAUCCUGACCAGCCCAGAUGGAGCUGGAACUGGGAAGGUGAUCCUGGCCUCCCCGGAGACAUCCAGUGCCAAGCAGCUUAUAUUUACCACCUCAGACAACCUUGUUCCUGGCAGGAUCCAGAUCGUCACGGACUCUGCUUCUGUGGAGCGUUUGCUGGGGAAGGCCGACGUCCAGCGGCCCCAGGUGGUGGAGUACUGUGUGGUCUGUGGGGACAAAGCCUCUGGCCGUCACUAUGGAGCUGUCAGUUGUGAAGGUUGCAAAGGGUUCUUCAAAAGGAGUGUAAGGAAGAAUCUGACGUACAGCUGCCGGAGCAACCAGGACUGCGUCAUCAAUAAACACCACCGUAACCGCUGCCAGUUCUGCCGGCUGAAGAAGUGCUUGGAGAUGGGCAUGAAGAUGGAAUCUGUGCAGAGUGAACGGAAGCCUUUUGAUGUGCAACGGGAGAAACCAAGCAAUUGUGCUGCUUCCACUGAGAAAAUCUAUAUCCGGAAGGACCUGAGGAGUCCUCUGAUAGCCACUCCCACGUUUGUGGCAGAUAAAGAUGGAGCAAGACAAACAGGUCUUCUUGAUCCAGGGAUGCUUGUGAACAUCCAGCAGCCUUUGAUACGUGAGGAUGGCACAGUUCUCCUGGCCACGGACUCCAAGGCUGAAACAAGCCAGGGAGCUCUGGGCACACUGGCGAAUGUAGUGACCUCCCUUGCCAAUCUGACUGAGUCCCUCAACAAUGGUGAUGCUUCGGAAAUGCAGCCAGAGGACCAGUCUGCAAGUGAGAUUACUCGGGCAUUUGAUACCUUAGCUAAAGCACUUAAUACCACAGACAGCUCCUCGCCCCCCAGCCUGGGGGAUGGGAUAGAUGCCAGUGGAGGAGGGGGCAUCCAUGUCAUCAGCAGAGACCAGGCCACGCCCAUCAUAGAGGUCGAAGGCCCCCUCCUUUCAGACACUCAUGUCACAUUUAAGCUCACGAUGCCCAGCCCAAUGCCGGAGUACCUCAACGUGCACUACAUCUGCGAGUCUGCAUCCCGCCUGCUUUUCCUCUCCAUGCACUGGGCCAGGUCAAUCCCUGCCUUUCAGGCUCUGGGACAAGACUGCAACACCAGCCUGGUGCGGGCCUGCUGGAACGAGCUCUUCACCCUCGGCCUGGCGCAGUGCUCCCAGGUCAUGAGUCUCUCCACCAUCCUGGCGGCCAUCGUCAACCACCUGCAGAACAGCAUCCAGGAAGAUAAGCUUUCCGGUGACCGGAUAAAGCAAGUCAUGGAGCACAUCUGGAAGCUGCAGGAGUUCUGCAAUAGCAUGGCUAAGCUGGAUGUCGACGGCUAUGAGUACGCCUACCUGAAGGCCAUCGUGCUCUUUAGUCCAGAUCAUCCAGGUUUGACCAGCACAAGCCAGAUUGAAAAAUUCCAAGAAAAGGCACAGAUGGAGUUACAGGACUAUGUUCAGAAAACCUACUCAGAAGACACCUACCGAUUAGCCCGGAUUCUCGUCCGCCUGCCGGCACUCAGGCUGAUGAGCUCCAACAUCACAGAAGAACUAUUUUUUACUGGUCUCAUUGGCAAUGUUUCAAUAGACAGCAUAAUCCCCUACAUCCUCAAGAUGGAGACGGCAGAGUACAACGGCCAGAUCACUGGGGCCAGUCUAUAGUGUGCACCCCUCAGUGGCCCAGAAGCCCAAGGACCCUCCCUGGCCCGCUCACAGACAGGACAGAGGGCACUGUGGUAUGUGCAAAGGUCUCGGGUAUGCUAGUCAUCUCCUUACCAGUUUCUUCAUAACUGUUAAUGCCAGACACAGCAACUAAGACUAGUAGGAUCCUUUCCUACCAUAAGAAAUGUUAUAAUGCCUUUUGAUGAAGCAGAUUUUGAAACAAUCUUUUAAUUCAAUUUGUAUUUAGAAAUUCUCAAAGGGCAAAAAACAAAGUUUUAUAAUGGAGAUUAGUAUUAAAGAAAACAAAACUUAAAAGAACAGUAUCUGUAUGUAUAUAAAAAAUGUCCUUGGAAUUACUAGCUACUAAUUACCAGGGUAAUAAUAUUAGCACUUUCUAAGCACUUAUCAAUGUGUAUUGUUGCAACAUCUUGCCUGUGGGCAGGGCAAAUGGAAAACUGUAUAUGUCUUUUGCCGAAAUGCUAAUAAUUUUUGUGAAAACUCAAUAGGGUACAGGAGACAAUCAUUUGUGUAAAGAAGGCACCAUUCUUAAGUGUGUGCAUGCACUGGAGGUGAAGAACUAGAUUCCUGUGAACGAAUGCAGCUUAUCUGUCUCACGAGUCAGUGGAGGGUGGUAGCAGUCGGUGGUGGCCCAGACCAGAAGCUUCUUCAGCCACUGAAUUGAUGCUUGUCAUGGUCUGUGGUGGGCACUGGAGGCUCCUCCAAACCUGGGCUCUCUCCUGAGGUCGAGCUCUCAGAACAAUCCCUGCAGAAGCUGCAGACAGAGCCUUGCAACCAGAAAGUGCAAGGUGGACAUUUGAACCUGACACUAAUUCCUGAGUACAGUCUGGGGUGGUUGCAUGCUGUGCAGGUGGCGUGUGGCCCCCUUAGAGUGCGGGAGUUCCCUUCUCAGGGGUUUCCAUUCCUGACACCCCUUUGACAAGGGUUUGUUUCUGCAGUUUGGUCAGAACUAUGAGCCUGUUUGGGGUGUGCAGAAUCCUGCUGCCUGGCCAUGGCUGUGUUGAUGAAGCUGAAUGGAAGGUUUCUCUGUUGACCUUAAAUGUCUCCAGACUGAACAGCUCAGCUGCAAGUUUUUCCAUUGUCCUGACACAGUGCACUUUGACACCCCCCUGGUGUGUGACAGCAGACCACCUCUGGAGUGUUUUAGGUGAUAGAUGCAGAAGCAGGCUGCCUGCUCCUUAAAAAACAACCUUUAAUUCCCAAAGUUAUCCUCUUUCUCAUAAGUUAUAGCAACCAUCACUUAUCAGAACAGAAUGUGGUUAUAUCUCAAGCGUGCCCAUAAAUUCCUUUGGAUGAUUUCCUGUUCAGGUGACAUGUCCAAGACGGGUCAUAGUCAGGUACUUCGUAUCUUUUUGCAUAGUCCAGAUUAAGGAACACAAUGUAAGGCUGAAUUUGCAGGCUUAGCCCUUUGAUCAAAUGAUACCCCUGCCUCGUGGAUGCUCCCUUGUCUGGCUUGGGCCUUCGGUCAAGGUGGUGCCUCGCAUGCUGUGGUGGUAGCCUGGCUGCCCGGCCACAGGCUUAUGGCAAACAGGCUGCUUUAUUCUGAAGUGCUAGCAGCACUUGAUGAAGGUCAUUAACAGGAUUAAGCAGGGAGAGUAUCUCUGACUUCUAAAUUCCUGUUUGGAUUUAUUUGUAGUUCAUGGCUUGGAAAGAAAUUCUGGAAAAUAAUGAGGAUGCCCAUUAUAAAAUGAUGGAAAGGAUUUAAUUUUGUCAGUCGAAGUUUUUGGUUUUCUAACUUUGAAGUGAUUUAAAGACAGAACUGGCCAAGACACUGGAUUUAAGGCAGGUCUGUUUCUGCUUGUGAAGGAUUUUGUAGAGGGCAUUUUAAAGCGCAUUCAUGCAUCUUAGUAAGUUGCCUGUUUUUCUGUUCUUUGAUUUUUGAAGGUAAGCAUUAGUCUGUUGAUCAGGUAGCAUUUCCCUGGGAAUAUGUGUGCCACCUCCUUCAGAUCUGCUUUCCGGGAUGGUGGGAGGUCCAUGCUGGCCCUCUCCCGUCACUGCCAGGGGCCAGGCCCUGCUACUGCCAUGUCCAUUGGCUAGGCUGUAGGCUCAGGGUGCCCAAGAUACGGGGACAGCUUAGCCAAGACCUAGACUGAGGUUCUGACAAUGCCACCAUUUAGAGAUGCUGGGAAGAGAAGGUAACAGGCAAAAGGAGAGGAGGGAACAUUUGGGCAAAAACAGGGAGCCCUAGAAACCUUCUUUUGCUUGGAGAGUUGCUGAUAAUAGCCGGUCCUGCACCUUACCUUGUCCCUUUGCUGGCGAUGGCCAAUCCCAUUGGGCCACUCUGGGUUUUGAACACUCCAUCAGUUCCCCGAUCCCCUUGGCCUUACUCUGGAAGCAGCCUCUCCUUAAGGAUCAUAUCCACACAACCUGCAUUCACUGCUACACAUCAUUUCAAGCCUUUGAUGGCACGUCCGUUCCACCUUGCAAGCUGAUUAAGAGAAGUAAGCCCAAAGCCAACAAUUAAAGCCUUUAACCUUUGUUGCCAGGUUGUGAAAUUAGAUGUAGAGAAGUGACAGCCCCCUGCCCUCUGACUCCCCGGGGGUACUGAGCCAGUGGCCUGAGGAGGGACAGGUGCACCGCUGUUCCGACACAGACAGCUCUUCCCAGCACUUUCUUGGGCAAUGCCAGUCAGUUGCGUUGAAACUUAUGGAGCUUAUUAUAUGUAAUGAGAUGGGAAGAGACUUAGAAAAUGACCAAAUUACUCCAGCAAAUAUUCAUGGAGAGUCUGUUGAAGGCAGUAUGUUACCACCCUUCUAAUUUGAGAGGGGGGGGUGGGGGUGGGGUUGGGGGUGUGUGUGUGUGUCAGGGUUACUUUGUCUGGCUUGAGGCGGUGGCUCGCUGGUGGUUUGGCUCCUAUACUUCGGUGUGCUCACUUCUAAGUUGUGUUACGUAACUGCCCUCAAGGGCUUGUUGGGUAGCUUGUCGGUGUAUUAAACGUGUACUGUUCUGAGGCAGAGCAGUUGAAGCUACGUCUGCUCUGGGGCUCCUGGCUGGAGGCCAACCACCCUCACAGAGGGUGGCCACACUGUACACUUAGCUGUUCACUUGCUUUGGGGGUUCGCCACAGCAGAGAGCCAAGAAUUAGAAGGGCUCUAGCUCUAUGUAGUUAUUUUAUUCUGGGGAGAAAAUACACUGUAAUCCUUUGGGGUACUUUCCAGCACCAGAGCCUUGCUCUUUCCUGACAAGCGGCCCUUGGCUGUGGAUCCAAGUGCCAGGACCUGAUCAGACUAGAGUCCAGAAGCUUCCUAAGCACUUUCCAGGGGAAAUGCCUUCUGGGCAGGGAACUCUUCUGAGGCUGCUAUCCCGGGAGGGCACCGCUGUUAGGUCCUGAAAGGUCUAACCUGCCCACAUGCUUUCUUCGUCCCACUUCCAUUCUCGAGAUUACGUGGCUCUUCGAAGAUGACUUAAUGAUGUACAUUUGUAAAGCCAACCGCUCAGCCAGUGGGCUUGGUCUCUUGUCUCCAGGGUUCUGGACCUCCCCACGUGUGCUUCCCACCAGCACGCACUUCUGCGUGUCCAGCCCUGGUCCCUUCAAUGGCAUUGUGCGUGUCCAGGUUUAUGGGCUUCUAAGACUGAAUGAAUGUACCUGUGUUUAUAUAUCCUCUAUCUGUACAGUGUAUAUAGCAUGUACAUAGGUGUAUAUGAUGUGUACAGAAGUGUAGCCAUGUCUCCACAGUCUGUCACGUUACAGAGUCUCUCAGAGCUCCUGGAGUAAGUCGAUGUGGGUUACCAGGUCCCUCAGCAGGAUGGGUUUGCUGAGAUUUUCUGAAUGCCAUUCUCCUUGGGGUGGAGCCUGGCUGGGAAAGCCCAGGAAGCCAGAAUCUCCAUGCCCCACCAGGGACAUGGUGGACAGAAGGGUCCUGAGAGGAUGACACUGCUCUACAUCCUCUAGGUUCAGGCAAGGGCCAGGAAGCUGGAAGACAGUUUGUCCUGAUGUCCAGAACUAGCUGCUUGUCUCUUGUGUGCCUGGAAAGACAGUGGGAGGUGGAGCCACCGGCUUCCCAGACACUCACCCGCAGGACACAGCAAGUUGGCACACCAUGGUGCUGCCCUGUGGCUACACAGAGUCCUGUCUCCCCAGUGCCACUCAGAAAAAAACACCUACCAAGUAAUCUUUGAAAAUAAGCAUGAAUGUUGAUGACUUUUCUGGCAUGUAAGUUACAAGUCUUAAGUGAUUUCUGUAACGAUAGCAUGCAAAUAAAACCCACUGACUAAAUUAUCCAUACUAAAAUGCCAUUUUUAUCUGAAAUUUUAAAAUCAUGUGUGCCCUUAAAGCUACCAAUGCCGAUUUUCCCUUGUCCAGGUCCAUUCUGAUUAACCUUCCCCUUAAUCAACCUUUAAACUGAGGGUACUCCGGAGCCAAGGCCCCACUGUAGCUGCCCACGGUGACUGGUGGGGAGGCUGGAAGCCGUCACUGGAUAACUGCAAGCUCACAAGCCACAGGUUGCUUUUUCUUUCUAAUAAGCUAUUGCAAUGUUUGAGAACACUUCAUUGAGACCACAGUACUCAGUGCCUUUUGUGAGACGUGGGCCAUUUGGCCUCCAGCUUCCCCCCAUUUUAAGGUAAAGCUCCUGCUGCUUCGCUGGCCUCACCUGACAGUGACUGACUGACUUUGCCCCCAUCCUUGCCUGUCGUGACAAUCACACUAUGGAAGGUGGCUUCUAAUAAAAUACAAGUGGAAGCUGUCCAGUCUCCAAAUGAACUUUUAAAAAAGUCUCCCUUUGGGGCUCUCUAUCCUAACAGCAAUCUCGAGAAUAAUUAACGGUGAACUUAAGAGAAAGGAUCUCGGGGGUAGGGAUGUCAGGCAUUUUUAAUGCACAGCCAUCCUGGAAUUGAGAAGCCAGUAACUGUGGCGUCUCUACACAUACAGCGUAGACAAAAUGCUCGGCGACACUCAGCAACUAACCUGCUGUGAAAAAUUAAAGCUUACUCUUUGGUAACAUUUGGAAGUAGCAGACUUUACAUGAGGAGUGGCUUUUCUCUAGGGAAGUGCAGUCCGUCAUUUUAACGACCAGAGCACUCACGCACUCAGAUGCUGCUGCCACAUACAACUCAAGUGCUGGAAUAUUUUUCUACAGUCUCUGUUCUCCCAAUUCCUUGUAAACCAGUGUUCAACUAGUUUUAUAACUGAAAAGCUGCACCUUUUUCAUAGUACAAACCAUAGUUUUUACCUGUAGUUUGGACCUCUCUGUUCAAUGUAGCUGCUUUACUAGCCCUUUUAAAAGACAUCUGUUAAAGGAAAACUCGGGUGUUAGAUUUUCUUGGGACCGUUUAUGUAACCUCUGCCCUUCACAAUACAGAAAAUAGUUUAUGCCAUUACAUUGUAAUUCCAGGUUUAAAACCUGUCGAAGCUGUUGCUUGAAAUCAGCUUUAUGUGAAGGCAUUUAAAAAACAGCAUGUUCUUUUUAAACUGAAUUUUAUAUCUAAUCAGUGUCUUCAGUCUUGAAGAAGAAUUUGCAUUGUUGUGUUUGUAUAUAGAGUAUUGCAGUGCAUGAAUUAGCUUUAUGCAUUUUAUUAAAUGCUGUUUCAAUGUGGCAUUAUUGUUGUGGCUUAAUACUACCUAAAUGAGGUUUAUACUAUUAAAGUAAAUUAAAGACUAA